AUGGCCAAACUGGUCCAGUCCAGAACCAAGUUUCUGCCCCAGGAGUGGCAUCUCUCCAACAAGAGUCGCUACAAUGACGCUGAGGUGCAGCGUUCCCGUUCUGAGCGCCUGGUCUUAGAGAGCGAGAGGCUGGUGGGAGAGAUCGAAAACAGUACCAGGAAAACCCAGCGAGAUGUAAACAAGAAACUCGAUCAGAGGAUUGAAGAGGUCACUUACUGGGAGAAGGAACUGAACACCAAACUCGAGGAGCUGACAGAUGAGACCGAACUCUUACUGGGACAGAAGACCCGCCUGGAGAAAGCCCUAGACAGUUACUAUUCUGUUCUCUGCAUCGUUCAGCAGUGUCUGCUCAACCGAGAGCAACGAGUUGGGAUUGAUUUGGUCCAUGAUGAAGUGGAGAGGGAGCUGCUGAAAGAGGUGGAGGUGAUCAAGGGGAUCAUGGCUUUACUGAAACGCACCAUCAAUCAAACAGAGGAGCAGCUCAGGUUAAAUCGUUCUGCUAAGUUUUAUCUGGAGAAAGAUUUGAAAGACAAGUCUGUCGCUCUGAAAGUGGACAAAUUCACGGGCAGCCUGACAAACAACUCCCCGAACAUCGAGUACUCACCUAACGUGGUCAGGAUCGAGGGAAACUCGGUCACACCACAGGAGUGGCAGGAUUUCACCGACACAAAUAUUGUAAAUGCUGACAAACAGAAAAACAAUUCCACGGCUAUGCGUUCCCUGAUCGAUGACAUCUUAGCACAAACUACAGACGAUGUGCAGAAACAAGUGGAGGCUGUGAACCGUGCCUUUAAAUUCCGCAUUCAGGAAACAAGAGAUUCCAAGUGCAAACUGGAAAAACAUUUGAGUAAGGUGCUGGAUGAGAUUGCCUCGCAGGAGAAGAACAUUGAGCUGCUGAAGAAGGCCAUCAUGGAUGAGGAAGGGCCCAUGAUGGUGGCGCAGACACGGUUGGACACACGGACUAAACGGCCAAACGUGGAGCUGGUCCGGGACCCGGCACAGUACCGGCUGCUCUCUGAGGUGAAAGAGAUCACCGAGAACGUUACCAGGCUCCGGGAGACUCUGGCCCAGGCUGAGGCUGAGUUACAGGGACUGAGACGGAACCAGCUCGCCUUGGAGGAAGAGAUCGAGAUCAAGACCAACAGCUUGUACAUCGAUGAUGUCCAGUGUAUGAACCUGAGGAACUCCAUUUCUAUCAAUCACUUCUAACGUGACAGGAGCACACAUCUCUGUGAGACUGUCAGAGAGAAACCGAACUGAGUGUACCAUAAAGAACAUUUUAUAAUUGUCAAGUUGCCCUUUCGUUGUAUUUCUUUACCUUUAGUUUCCCCAUCCUAGUGUAACUAUAUAUAAUUGUCA